AUGGCAAAAUCAGAAUCUCCUACAAUGGUUAUUCGCGAAUUACAACGACAAGGGUUUCUUGAAACCGGGUCAGUUCAAGACUUAGCUCGUACAGGAAGAUCGUCAACAAUAACCGAAGAGAAAAUUGAAAAAGUUGAAGAAGUCUUAGAAGAUGAACCACUAAACACCAUAAGAAAUGUUACUCGAGAUGCGAGCAUUACGAAACAUCAAGCACAUCGAAUAAUGCGUGAGAUACUUGGAUAUAAACCUUAUAAGAUGCAUAGUACCCAAAAUUUGUACGAUGGAGAUAUGGAUUUACGUGUAGAGAUGGCAGAGCAUUUAAUACCUAUGCUUGAAGAUGCAGAAACUGGCGGUAAUAUUUUUUUCUCUGACGAAUCAACCUUUUAUAUUUCAGGACUUGUGAACAAGCAUAAUUGCCGUGUUUGGGCCGAGAAUAAUCCAUACAUUACUAUGGAAAGUGCGAUGAAAUCCGCUAAAGUCAACGUCUGGUGUGCAAUGUCCAACAAAGAAAUAAUCGGUCUAUAUUUUUUUGGAGAUAAAACGGUCAAUCAGCAUAAUUAUCUCGAUAUGUUGAAAAACUAUGUUUAUUCGAUUAUACAAAGAAAAAGACUUACAAAUAAAAUUAUCUUCCAGCAACAUGGUGCCCCACCACACUUUUUAAAAGAAGUUUGUGCAUGGUUAAACGAAAAGUUAGACGACAGAUGGCUCAGUAGAGGUGGUUCAAUUUCUUGGGCGCCUCGAUCUCCUGAUUUGACACCACUUGAUUUUUAUUUAUGGGGUUACAUCAAAACAAGUGUCAAUGAUAUAGAUGAUUUGAAGGGCAGAAUUGAAAGAGAAAUCAAAGCCAUAAAAAAAAGAUACAUUAAACAAUGUUUUCGAUGGUAUUGUGAAAAGAUUAAAAUUUUGUAUUGA